AUGGACGAGAUCAGGGCGGCGGCGGACCCUCUCGAUGAGGCUGGCCUGCCUCCGACCCCUGGUACGCCAAAUGGGAUAGCACCGGAAGGUCCUAUCAAGAAGAAAAGCCGAGCCAGGCUUCUGCGCGGGCUUUCGCGCAUAUCAUCUUCUCCGACACUCGCUCAGGUUGGCCGUGCCCGGUCUUCGAGCAGCCCCUACCCUCGCGGGGCCAGCCUGUCGUGUGUUAGCCUGGCAACGACACCCUCUCCCUUCGGGCAACCGAGUACUGGGUCCUACUUCUCGCAAUUUCCCGGCGCCGAUUCGAGCGCGGCUACCUCGAUUCCGGGCACGCCCCUCCACGAGUUCGACGAGUGUGACGAGAUCGGAGGCGUUGGGAGGAUUCGUCGACUGGAGACUUCCACUCCGUUGACGGCACCCCUUCCUGUCGAGAUUAGACCGAGAAAGACCCUUUUCAAGCUUUGGGCCAGCUUACCCCACGAGAUCAAGGUUCAUGUGCUGGCUUAUUUCGAACCCAAGGAGCUGGUGCGAGCCUCCCGGGUCAACAAGGAGUUCUACAAGAUGUGCUUUGACGGUCAGCUGUGGACAUCAUUCGACGCUUCGGAGUUCUACAAGGACAUCCCUGCCGAGUCGCUGGCCAAGAUCAUCGUAGCAGCCGGCCCAUUUGUCAAGGACCUCAAUCUCCGCGGGUGUGUGCAAGUCGAGCACUACAAGCGCGCCGAGGUCAUUGUUAAGUCAUGCAGAAACCUUAUCAACGCAACUCUCGAAGGGUGCAGGAACUUCCAGAGGACAACCUUGCACACCCUUCUGCGGAGCAACGAAAAGCUGGCCAAUCUGAACUUGACCGGCUUGGCGGCGGUGACAAACCAGACCUGCAAGAUAAUCGCUCACUCCUGCCCUCAGCUCGAGGUCUUCAACGUUUCUUGGUGCAAGCACAUGGAUGCCAGGGGCGUCAAGGCGGUGGUCGAGUCGUGUGCGCGGCUGCGAGAUCUGCGCGUUGGUGAGAUCAAAGGGUUCGAUAACCGUGACGUGGCCGAGGCUAUCUUCCGUACCAACAAUCUGGAGAGGUUGAUCCUUGCCGGCUGCGACGAUCUAGACGAUAGUGCCCUGGCAACGAUGAUACAUGGAAAGGACCCCGAGAUCGAUGUCUUGACGGACCGUCCAGUCGUUCCAGUGAGGAAACUCCGCCACCUUGAUCUCAGCCGUUGCUCACGUUUGACCUCCCAAGGGGUGAGCGCACUUGGGCAUUUUGUACCUGACCUUGAGGGCCUUCAACUGAGCGGGUGCUCUUCCCUUGGAGACCACGCCCUUGAGUCGAUCCUGGCAUCAGCUCCACGGCUGACCCAUCUCGAUCUUGAGGAUCUUGUCGACCUCACCAAUGGACUGCUCUCGGAGCACCUCGCAAAGGCCCCCUGUGCGCCGAGGCUAGAGCAUCUAUCCAUCAGCUACUGUGAGAAUCUAGGCGAUGCUGGUAUGCUUCCCGUGAUGCGGGCAUGCAAAAGCCUUCGGAGUGUCGACAUGGACAACACUCGGGUCUCAGACCUCGUUCUUGCCGAAGCAGCAGCCAUGGUCCGUGAUCGCUCGAGCCGGACCAUGGAGCGCCGCAGCCGGCCUGUCAUCGGUCUCAGCCUCGUUGUUUACGACUGCCAAAACGUGACCUGGACGGGGGCUCGCGAGGUGCUUUCUCGCAACGCCGAGAUAGUCGUGCCUCGCAAGCAGCCCCCCGCCGCCGCCGCCGCCGCCGCCGGCCCGGGGGAGUCGGCUCCCAGGCCCAUACAGACGUACCCGACCGAGGUCAUCUCGCUCAAGUGCUUCUACGGAUGGCAGAUGACGGUCGACGAGCACACCAAGCGCGUCCUCCGGGGCGACUUCGGCUCGGCGGCGCGCCUGGAGCGCAAGUGGGCAGAGUACAUGCAGGCGAACGAGGAGGCCGGCGCGGCGGGCGCGGGCGUGCGGCGGCGGCGGCGGCGAGCUAGAGAGGCGCAGAUGGCGCACGCCGACGAGGAGGAGGGCGGUGCCGGCACCGUGGGACGGCGGAGGGCCAGGACGGCGGCGUGCGCGGUCAUGUGA